AUGGCGGAAACUUUCCCCGUCAAACCCAAACUCCGGCCCACCUCCAGCAAAGCCACGCUCACCCCUGAAUCCAAGUAUUGGAGAUCCUUUAAAAUCCCCAAAGACAUCGAAACAACCCCUGCAAAGUCCUUCGUCUACCCCAUCAAUUCCAUCUCCUUCUCCCCGGUCGCCCCCCACGACUUCGCCGCCGCCCAUUCCGCCUCUGUCUCCAUCUUCUCCGGCCAGACCCUCGACCGCAGAUCCACGAUAUCCAACUUUUCCGACACCGUAGCAUCCGUCUCCUUCCGCCGAGACGGCAAGCUUCUCGCCGCCGGAGACCUGACAGGCACCGUCCACGUGAUCGACGCCAGGUCCCGUGGCCACCUCCGGCGCCUGAAAGGUCACUCCGCCGCCGCUCGGCUCGUCCGUUACCCCCGCGCCGCCGACAAGACUCACCUCUUCUCUGGCGGGGAUGACUCCGUCGUCAAGUACUGGGAUGUCACUGCCGAGAGAUGCCAGGUCGAUCUCUUAGGCCACAAGGACUACGUCCGGUGUGGGGAUACAUCGCCGGAAAAUGACAGUCUGUUCGUCUCCGGCUCAUAUGACCACAGAAUCAAGCUCUGGGACGUCAGGUCUGGGCCAGGCGGCAAUACAGGCUCGGUUAUGGAGCUCGACCACGGAAAGCCUGUCGAGAGCGUGAUUUAUCUGCCGUCCGGCAGCCUGAUUGCCACUGCCGGUGGCAAUUUCAUGAAGAUAUGGGACGUGAUUGGCGGUGGGAAGCUGCUCUAUUCAAUGGAGAGCCAUAACAAGACCGUGACUUCACUUUGCCUUGGUAAAUUCGCUAAAACAGGUGAAAAUGAGGACGGACAGCAUAGAAUCCUGAGUGUCUCCUUAGACGGCUACUUGAAAACAUUUGACUAUUCAAAGUUCAAGAUAACUCACACCAUGAGAUUUCCUGAGCCUCUCCUGUCCGUGGGAUUCUCACCCGACUGCUCGACCCGUGUGGUGGGGACUUCCAAGGGUAAUCUAUACAUCGGGAGAAAAAAAAUGAAAAUGGGGGCCUCCGAGGACCUAAAUAGCCGUAUGGUUUGGAAAGGCAUAGCAGAUAAUGACGGUAAGGCUAAGAGGAAGUUCUUGAGGCCAUCGCAUUUUAGGUACUUCAACAGGGGCCAGAACCUGAAGCCUUCUGAGGCGGAUUACCUGAUUAAAAGGCCCAAGAAAGUGAAAUUUGCCGAACACGACAAGUUGCUGAAGAAAUUCAGGCAUAAGGAGGCACUUGUGGCGGCUUUAGGUAAAAGGAAUCCCGAGAAUGUGGUGGCUGUAAUGGAGGAGUUGGUGGCACGUAAAAAGUUGCUGAAAUGCGUGUCUAAUGUGGACUCGGACGAGCUUGGAUUAUUGUUGGGUUUCUUACAGAAGUACUCGACAAUGCCGAGGUAUUCGGGCUUUUUAACAAAGUUGGCGAAUAAAGUUGUUGAGUCGCGGGCGGAGGAUAUUAGGUCUUCAGAUGAGUUGAUGAAUUGUAUUAGGAAUCUGAAGAGAGAUGUUGAGGAGGAGAUUAGGGUACAACAGUCUUUGCUGGAAUUACAGGGCAUAAUUUCUCCAAUGCUGAGGAUUGCUGCCAAAAGGUGA